UCAACGAAAUUCUAUCAUAUGAAAACAAAAACGAAUAAUUUGUAACAAAUGUGUUGUAGAAACAUUUUUAAUGUAUCAGGUUUCAAAAAUAGGUGUAUGAAAUAAAACAGAAUCUUAUGACAUGAAUCAUCUAGUGAAAAUAACAAUAAGUACUUUUAUCGUUGUAGAAUUGUUUGUGAAUAAUUAUGUUAAAUUUUGUGCAAGAGUAUAGAAUUAUUUCAUUAUGACAAUUUAUACUGGAAAUGUUCGAUUAUGUAGAAUAUAAAUGAAUACAAUUCAUGUAGUAAAUUGACAUUUUUAGAAUUGUGCCCAGAUGAAUCCGUAUAAAUUCACAGCAGUAUGCUGCCGCAAUUCAAAAUAUGAAGUAUUUCAAAAAACCUGAAUAUUAAAUUUGCUACGGAAGAUGGCUCAAGUGAAGGUUGGUAUGGUAAUGGUCAGUGAUGGGAAGAGUCGUCCCCAGCCAAUGAGACUCCAGUUGAGCAGCAAUAUGUUAGUUCUGCAGAAAGAAGAAAUGGUACCUGUGGGAUUGCCAUCUACCCCUGCUAAUCCAGCCAUCUCCCUUGAUAGCAGUGAUGCACAAGAAAGAAUUGUUAAAGUUAUUAGACAAGAACCUGGUGGUUUAGGUUUAAGCAUCAAGGGUGGUGCAGAAAAUAAGCUGCCAAUUCUUAUUUCUAGGAUAUUUAAGGAUCAAGCUGCUGAUCAAACUGGGGAUCUUUUUGUCGGGGAUGCAAUUUUAAUGGUUAAUGACAUCAGUCUUGAAAAUGUAAAGCAUGAUGAUGCUGUGAAUGUUUUGAGAACCGCUGGAGAUGAAGUAACAUUGCGGGUGAAGCAUUGCAGAGCUGCUCUUCCUUUUUUAGCAAAAACUUUUCAAAGACCUAAGGAAAGACCAGUUUCAGGUGAGGAUCCAACCUACAAGCUGAAAGAUGAAGAUGACUGGAAAGUGGGUCAGAAAAGCCCAAAAACACCACAAGGAGCUUCAAAAAUGGAAAGAAGAUGGGUUGAUGUGAUGACAAUUCAUUUGUUAAUGGCCUAUUUGACUAGAUAUAUGCUAGAUACAGAUAAGUUAAGACCCAAUGCCUUUGAGAUACGAAGUCAGGAAGGUAAACCUUCAGCUGUAGUGCAUUGUGAUGACGCUAAUAUGUUAUCAGAAUGGAUAAAACAUAUUUCUACAAAUAUUUUGCAGCUGACAGCACAACAAAUAAAGACCUUUAAUGAAUCUUUACCUCAACCUGAUCAGAUUCUGUACAUGGGUUGGGUAAGUGAAGGGGCGUCAGCCCCUCAGCCUUGGUACAAAUGGCAACCCCGCUUCCUAGCUCUGAAAGGAGCAGAAUUGUAUAUAUUUGACACACCUCCUAGCAAUGUACAGUCACUUUCUAGUUGUCCUAAUGUGUUCAAAGUUUAUCAAGCCAUGUUGAAAAUUUUAAAGGAUACUGAGCUCUUAGAUGAGCGGCAACAUUGUUUCAUGCUUCACACUGGAGUAUCGGACACUCAUUAUAUGUGUGCUGAAACUAAAAAUGAAUUACUUAGGAUAGAGAACGGGUGGCAUAGAGCUACCUAUAAUGCAGUUACUAGAUUAGGGAGUAAAACAUUUUCUGUUCUAUAUAAAAGUAAAACCGGUGGCUUAACAUUAGAUUGGAAUAUGGGCUUUGCCUUGUAUGAUACUGAAUCAAAGUGCUAUGCAUGGAGGUAUAAAUUUUCUCAAUUGAAAGGAUCAUCAGAUGAUGGUAAAACCAAAUUAACUCUAAAUUUCCAAGAUCCUGAAAAGAAAGAAAUCGAAUCAGAAGAAGUUGAAUGCCAAGUGCUCUCUUCUCUUCUAUAUUGCAUGCAUGCAUUUCUAACGGCAAAAGUCGCAUCUGUUGAUCCUGCUUUUUUGCGCACUACUUGACAGUCAGGAAUUGUUAGAAUGUUGUAUUUAUUUCUAGACCAUAAAUUUACUGGUAUUAUUAAGGCAUGCCUUGCCUUACGGUAGCAUAUCUCCUUAGGGAACAUUGUUGCACCAAGACUAUGUUAAUGUUGUACGGUUGGGACUGAAUUGUUCGCUAUACUUGUGAGAGCAGGUUGUAUGUGUGUCAUAUGUAAGCUAGAUAUAUAUCUUAUUUUUUUAUAUUUUGAAGGACAUUUGCAUUUAGAAUUGAAUUAAGGGCAUCAUUUAUAUUUAGGUAUUACGAUGAUGAAUCUUUUUUAUAUACAUAUAUCAAUGACAGUGGACCAGAUUUUUUCUACGUUCAUCACACUGCUGAUUCAUUUUAGCAAAUAUUAUUGUCUCUAUGUCUGAUGAACGAAGUGAAAAUUUGAUCUUUUCACCAUGAUAUCAAAAAUAUUAAAUAAAGAGGUUUAUUAAAAGUUUCAUGGAUAAUCAAAUUUUGUUUGAAUGUGAAUAUCAAUUUUUGAUUAUGAUGAGGAAUAACAGAUCUUUUUUAGUGAAACCUUUAAAAUUCAAACUUUUUUUUUUUAAUCGGGAACCAUAAUUUGAUAAUAUGUUAAAUAGAAUAAUAUCUGAGGCAUUUUUUUAAACUUCAUUAUAAGAUAAAACUGAAGUAACUUAUUAAAAUCCGCUAAUCAAUGCAUUGUAUUGCAUGUGUAUUUAAUAUCUGUUACAUACUCUCAUUCAAAUGCUUAUUUGCUGAAAUAAUGUCAAUUCCAUUAAUUAAUAGUAUAAAUAUUUCAAAUAUGUCAGAUCUUGGAAAAAUUAUGUGUAGUAAUUGACAAAAUCCAUUUGAUAAAAAAAAAUUAAAAUAUUAUCUUAUACUGAAGUUUAAAUGUGCUAAACUAUGGUUAUUUCUUAAUUCUAUUAUUAUUAUUAUUCUUGCAUUCUGAAUUUUUUUAAAUCUUAAAUUUUUAAUACAUUUGAAAAUGACAAACGAACCAGUUUUGCUUUUAGAAAGCUCUGAUGUGUCAAAUGUUGACUGAGGAAUCUAUUUUCUCAUGUGCAGCAUGUUAAGUACAAAAAUAUUAGAUCAAUGAAUUGUGUUCAACUGAAGGUGAUCUAUGUAAAAGAAUCUUGAUCAAAAAUGUUUUGUUGUGAUAUUUUUUUAAUUAUAAUUUGUUUUGUAAAUGAAAUGUUUAAAAUGUUUUGAGAUUUUAAGCAAAGUUAUUGUGAAUGUAUUCCACCUGAUGUGUUCGUGAAAUGCUAUCUUCAUGUAGUUUUGUAUGUUAAUAAGAAGCAACUGAAAAUUUUGCUUCAAACAGUGAAACAACUUAUUUUAUUACCAUCAUUAAAAAAUGCUUGCAAAAUGAAUUUUCCAUGUAAUAUCUUCCUGGUUAUAAUUUUUUUUUAAAUAUCUGAAUUUCUGACAUAAUCUUUCUUUCUUGCUUAUUUUUUUAAAACUAAAUUUGAAUAUAUUAAUAUCAGUGCAAAAUUCUUAUGUACUAGUUACCUUCUUUAGUAAACAGUUUGUGUUUAUUAUUUUUUAAAAAUUGAAAAAGACACAUUUGCAUAAUAUAACAUAUAUAAUAAGCGUAAUAAUAUACACAUAAAUGCAUAUAAAAUAUAAAUAGCAUUAAUGAAAGAAUAAUAGAACUCCACAAUUGAGGAAAUAAUAAUGUAUGAUUGGUUGAAUAACUUUUUUAUUUGUUUUUCUAAUUUCUUUUUAUGAGCAUGCACUUAUAUAUGAUGAUUCAUUUUUAUUACAUUUUUAAUUGGUAAUCAGUUAAAAAAAAGAAUGCAAUUCCUUAAUAACCAAAAAAUGACUUUUUUGAACAGACAUUUGUUACUGAUAUUUUGAUUAGUUCCCUCUCCCACAUUUUACUAGGUGGUGCUUUUUUUUUUUUUUUUUUAAUUCUUCUCUACUAUUUGAUAUUGUUUUGUGAAAACUGUUUUAAAUAUUCGAAUAUAUUUAAUCUAAGUGCUGGGACAUCUUAUGUAAAUAAAAUAUUAUUUUAGAAGCAACCAAAUUUUUUGUAAUAGCUAUUUUUUUAUAUAUAUAUUUAUAUAUAUAUAAUAGCUGAGCUAUUUCUGUUUAUAG